AUGGAUAUCAACACUCUCUUCGGAGUCCAGUCGUCCUCAUCACCGGCGGUGCGUGACUCCCUCCCGCUGCCCGCCUGCCACGCCGCCGUCGCCGACCUCGCGCCGCUCGCGCGCCUCUCGGGCUCGAUCCACGCGCUGCCCGCCAACCUCCAGAACCUCGAUGAGUGCCAGGCGCUCGCGGCCUCGCUGGCCCGCCUCGAGCCCGGCGGCCUGCACGUCCUCGUCAACAACGCCGGGGCCACCUGGGGCGCCGACAUCGACUCGCACCCGGACGCGGCGUGGACCAAGCUCCUCACGCUCAACCUGCAGCGCGCCUUCACCCUGACGCAGCUGUGCCUGCCGCUGCUCGAGAGGGCCGGCAGCCAGGACGACCCCGCGCGCGUCAUCCACGUCGGCAGCAUCGACGGCGUGCGCGUGCCCUCGCUCGCCAACUACGCCUACUCGGCGAGCAAGGCCGGCCUGCACCACCUGUCGAGGCACCUCGCGCGGGACCUGGGCUUCCGCAACGUCACGAGCAACGUGCUGGCCUGCGGGCCCUUCCGGACAAAGAUGAUGAAGGCGACGCUGGACGCGGCCGAGGACGUGCUCAAGGAGAAUAUCCCGUUGCGGAGGAUCGGCCGGGACGAGGACGUUGCUGGCUCGGCUGUCUUUUUGGCGAGCAAGGCCGGGUGA